AUGACCAUCAGCCAGUAUUCCAAGGUUAUUUUUUUAAAUCCUGAAGAUAAGCUUUACAAAUUAUGGACUUCCAACCUGGACUGGGCAGAAUCUUUACCAAACAAUGAAGGAUUUAGCGGUGAGUCGUCUGUGCCUCCUUAUGAGGACGGUCCUAUUCGCACUGAUGACUUGUUUGGGCCGGCCUCCCCCUAUUUGACAUCCAUCCUUGAGGGGGGAUGCGGCUUCCUGUCGCGGUUGCGGCAGGUGGGAGUGGGUUCGGUGAUGCCCGAGUGGCUGCUGCCGUCCCAUAGGCUGGACGAGCCGGGACGGGAAGGGCCCUGUCAGAAUGACAGGAAACCUCCUGCUGUCUCAUGUGUGGACCUACAAGAACCAGCAAAUGGAAAAAUCACCUGCACUGAUAAGUAUGGAAAAUCCCAAUACAAGACAUAUUGCAACUUCUCUUGUAAUGAAGGAUAUGAAUUAAAUGGAACAAAAUCUGUAUUUUGCCAGAACACUGGAGAAUGGUCUGAACCCACACCCACAUGUUUAGCUGUCUCAUGUGUGGACCUACAAGAACCAGCAAAUGGAAAAAUCACCUGCACUGAUAAGUAUGGAAAAUCCCAAUACAAGACAUAUUGCAACUUCUCUUGUAAUGAAGGAUAUGAAUUAAAUGGAACAAAAUCUGUAUUUUGCCAGAACACUGGAGAAUGGUCUGAACCAACACCCACAUGUUUAGCUGUCUCAUGUGUGGACCUACAAGAACCAGCAAAUGGAAAAAUCACCUGCACUGAUAAGUAUGGAAAAUCCCAAUACAAGACAUAUUGCAACUUCUCUUGUAAUGAAGGAUAUGAAUUAAAUGGAACAAAAUCUGUAUUUUGCCAGAACACUGGAGAAUGGUCUGAACCAACACCCACAUGUUUAGCUGUCUCAUGUGCGGACCUACAAAUAAUAGCAAAUGGAAAAAUCAACUGCACUAUUAAGUAUGGAAAAUCCCAAUAUAAGUCCUUCUGCAACUUCUCUUGUAAUGAAGGAUAUGAAUUAAAUGGAACAACAUCUGUAUUUUGCCAGAACACUGGAGAAUGGUCUGAAGCAACACCCACAUGUUUAGCUUGGAAUGUUUCUUUUGGAAAACAGAAACAAGUUGCCAUAAAAAAGAAUGUUCCUAUAUCAUAA